ACACCAUCAUCAUCAUCCUCAUCUAACUAAUUCUUCAGAAAUAAACACAAAACCCCCCAUCUUCUUCCCCAAAUCUAACAAACCCAUAUUUUUAUCGCACAGAGAGAGAGAAAGAGAGAAUCAAGGAAGAUCAGAGCUCGAACUCACCCAUCAAUGGCGUACGUAGACCACGCUUUCUCCAUUUCCGACGAAGACAUCAUGAUGGACUCCUCUUACAGCUUAAACAACCGCCCUCCGAUCAAAGAGAUCGCUCUCGCUGUCUCUCUCCUCGUUUUCGGAACCCUAGGCAUCGUUCUCGGCACCAUCAUGGCCUUCAAUCGAGUCGGCGGCGACACUGCUCACGGGAUUUUCUUUGCGAUUCUGGGUUCGGUUCUGUUCAUUCCGGGGUUCUAUUAUACGCGGAUUGCGUACUAUGCGUACAAGGGUUACAAGGGUUUUUCUUUCUCUAACAUUCCUCCUGUGUAGUUGAGAAGAUUCAGACCCCCAAUCUCCUGAGUUUCCUGUACAGAUCCCUCUUUCCUUGCUACCCUACUGGUUUUUUUUUUCGUUCUUGCUUUUGUUGAGUCAAUAAUAAUGCUUAUGUAGAUGCUAUGUGUUUCUGAAAAAUUGGCUGCUGUAAAAUCUGGUUCCUUUUGCGAGCAUUUGAUUAUAUUAUUUGUGUGCUAUACAUUGUUAUGUUCA